GGUGGCUGUUUUUAAGUGUGGAGGGCAAAAGGAGAUACCAAACCAGGCUCAGUUCAACUCUCCAAAACGGCUUCUCUGACACUCCAGGUAGCGAGGGAGUUGGGUCUCCAGGUUGUGCGAGGAGCAAAUGAUGACCGCCAAGGCAGUAGACAAAAUUCCAGUAACUCUCAGUGGUUUUGUGCACCAGCUGUCUGACAACAUCUAUCCGGUGGAGGACCUUGCCGCCACGUCGGUGACCAUCUUCCCUAAUGCCGAACUGGGAGGCCCUUUUGACCAGAUGAACGGAGUGGCUGGAGAUGGCAUGCUCAACAUUGACAUGACUGGAGAGAAGAGGUCCUUGGAUCUCCCAUAUCCCAGCAGCUUUGCUCCCGUCUCUGCACCUAGAAACCAAACCUUCACUUACAUGGGCAAGUUCUCCAUUGACCCCCAGUACUCUGGCACCAGCUGUUACCCAGAAGGUAUCAUCAACAUCGUGAGUGCAGGUAUCCUGCAAGGGGUCACCUCCCCUGCUUCAACCACAGCCUCGUCCAGCGUCACCUCUGCCUCUCCCAACCCACUGGCCACGGGACCCCUGGGUGUGUGUACCAUGUCUCAGAACCAGCCCGACCUGGACCACCUCUACUCGCCUCCACCACCGCCGCCUCCGUAUUCUGGCUGUGCCGGAGAUCUGUACCAGGACCCCUCGGCCUUCCUGUCAGCAGCCACCACCUCUGCCUCCUCCUCUUCUCUGGCCUACCCUCCACCUCCUUCCUACCCAUCCCCCAAACCAGCCACGGACCCGGGGCUCUUCCCCAUGAUCCCAGACUACCCUGGAUUUUUCCCACCUCAGUGCCAGAGAGACCUACAUGGUGCAGCUGGCCCAGACCGAAAGCCCUUUCCCUGUCCCCUUGAUUCUCUUCGAGUCCCCCCUCCACUUACCCCACUCUCCACCAUCCGCAACUUUACCCUGGGGGGUCCUAGUGCUGGGGCCACAGGGCCAGUGGGCACUGGAGGCAGUGAGGGACCCCGGCUGGCUGGAAGCAGCUCAGCAGCAGUGGCUGCGUCUGCCUAUAACCCACACCACCUGCCACUUCGACCCAUUCUGAGGCCUCGCAAGUACCCAAACAGGCCCAGCAAGACCCCAGUGCAUGAGAGGCCCUACCCAUGCCCAGCAGAAGGAUGUGACCGAAGAUUCUCCCGCUCCGACGAGCUGACACGGCACAUCCGAAUUCACACUGGCCACAAACCCUUCCAAUGUCGGAUUUGCAUGCGCAACUUCAGUCGGAGUGACCACCUCACCACCCACAUCCGCACUCACACUGGCGAGAAGCCCUUUGCCUGUGACUACUGUGGCCGAAAGUUUGCCCGGAGUGAUGAGAGGAAGCGCCACACCAAGAUCCACCUGAGACAGAAGGAGCGGAAGAGCAGUGCCCCAUCCUCCUCAGUGCAGGCUUCAUCCACGGCCUGUGCUGGGGGCACACAGGCCGGGGGAGCUCUGUGCAGCAGUAACAGUGGCACUAUUGCUGGGGGGCCACUCGCCCCUUGCUCGUCUCGGACCAGGACACCUUGAGAUGAGACUCAGGUGGACACAGCAGUUCCAUGAGGCCCCGCAGGCCCUUCAUUCACGCCAGUCCAUGACAAACACUACCACCCUUUCUUGCCCCUCCCUCCUUCCACUGGGCAAGGGACCUUGGUGGAGCCCAGCGCUGCUCCACCUUCUACCUUAAAGCAGGUCCCUCUUAAUACUUGGCCCCUUUAGUCUCUGGUAG